UUUAACAAUAACAGCCAAGCGAGUUUCAGGUCUGCAUGGGCCAUAUUUAAGCUUUCUUCAUUGGAACUGAGUCUAAGAUGAAGUUAUGGGAUGUUUUGGCCACGUGUUUGUUGCUCCUGAGCUCUGUUGCUACACGGCCUCUCUACCAAAACACUCAGCCAGCCAAGAGGACUUCUUUCCCCAGCAGCUAUAGUGAUUCUGCGUCCCCGUCUGUGGAGGACGAAGAGCCAGCGUUCCAGCGUGAAGACCACAACCUGCAGGAUAUCGCCAUGGAGGAUCAAUAUGACAUCGCAGGUCCCUAUCCAGAGCAGUUUGAUGACGUAAUGGAUUUUAUUGAGGCUACCAUUGGCAGACUCCGAAGAUCGUCAGAGCCCAGCGGGGGAUCCAAGGGACGGAGGGAGCAGAGACAGAGGGGCGCAGCAAACACAGGAGGCACGAGAGGCGAGAGGAGAGGACAUGGCGACAGGAGGCGUGGUCGUAGUCGAGGUGGUAAAGGAGGGCGAGGCGACAAAGGGAAGGAGAGGAUAUCUGUGCAGACCAGAGGCUGCUUGCUAAAGGAGGUCCACCUCAAUGUGACGGACUUGGGGUUGGGCUACCAGACUAAGGAGGAGCUGAUCUUCCGGUACUGCAGCGGCCCCUGCGUGGAGGCGGAGACCAACUAUGACAAGAUCCUCAACAACCUCACACACAACAAGAAGUUAGACAAGGACACGCCGUCUCGCACCUGUUGUCGACCAAUCGCGUUCGAUGAUGACUUAUCUUUCUUGGACGACAAUGUAGUGUAUCACACGCUGAAGAAGCAUUCUGCCAGGAAGUGUGGCUGUGUCUGAGGAAGUGACAGGCAAGACCAUCAUCAGUAAACUAAGGAUCAGCUGGUGGGAUCUUUGUUGGAAAUGGGCAUAGGAGAUCGGAGCGGGAGUGUAUGGUUUCUCAUUUUUGUCAGUAGUGGUCAAAGAUGAUGCAACAGCCGUUAAAGAAGCAAAGUGUACAGUCCAUGUGCAGUCCUUUAGAACCCCUGACCAGUAUUUGACUGUUCCAUCAAACACAUGCAGAAAUGUAUGAGACCUGUACCAAUUUGCAGGAGAAAAGACACUGUUACACGUCCAUAUUUGCUAACUGUGCGGUCUAUAAGGUGACCGUGAAAAAAAAAAAACCUACUGGCUAAGUUGGCUUGUUUUUUCAUGGAGGAAUUCCUUUUCCCAGGAUCAUCAGUUUUUCCAUAGCUGACUCCAUAGAACAUGAAUGAAUGAUGAACGUGAAGAUUUGAGGAGUAUAUUCAGCUGCAGUCUAAAUCACUUCCACUGCAGUCUGGAUGUUGACAUUUACAUUCAGAGCCAAUGGAUGACAAAUACCACACCACAGUUCAGCAAAGACUUUUGGUGCAACAUAUCUACAUAAAAUCCAAUCGUAUAUACAUAUACACGUGUGUGUAAGAGGUAUAUUUAUUAAGAUGCAAAUUAACUUAUUGUUAUUUAUUUCAAUCCAUUUUAUGAAAGAAAUUGUAAUUUUUCCUAUUUAUUUAAAAGCUUUGUUUGUCCUGGAUGAUGCCAAUGUGGAGCAAUUUCUCAAGCAAAAUCUAAAAAAGGUGAUCCAGAACUGCUAAACACUCUCCCACACAUCUUAAUGAUGCUUAUUCGCUUCACUUACUGUAGAUUCCAGAGUUUGUCAAUUCAUGACUCCAAAGGAUCAUCAAUUGCUAUCCAGUUAAGAGAAGGGUAGAAAGAGCCACAGAGAAAGGGACCAAUAGAAUAUUUUUGAUUGAAUUGAUUGGUUUUGGAGAAUUUUGAGAGACGACAGGGUAGAUUAUUUGGGGGAAAUUUCACCUCAUUUUUCUCCGAUGUGACCAUGCUAACACAGGGUGGACUUCAGAUGCUGCUCUCUCAGCAUAUUACUUUUUGUUGUUUGUUUAUAAGACAAUUGUCAGGUUAAUCUACCCAGGAUAGAUUUAAUGCCACUCCAAAUAGGAGUCAUCACAUCUUUUAAUUGAAAUCUAAAAUCAACAUGAGAGUAGUGGUCUCUCCAAGGAUCUGCAGGUGCCUUUUAGGAUCCAACUUUUGAUGCCCAGAGUACAGAAGCUGCUAGAAUGCCUGCCUAUCAGCAUACAUUACCCAAAACCUCAGUCUGGCCUUGCACCAAGUCUGAGCAACGGCUUUGCAGUGGUUCCUGUCCCAAUAGGCUUUAAAGUUCACAAGACUGCUUGUGUUUCUGUCUUGACUUUGACAGACAGGUUUUACUCCCUGAAAGGGGAUUUGAAAGUGAUCCUCUAACAUGAGUCUUAACCAAAUAUCCCUGUAGGCAAAGGCAUGUUGGUGAAGGCAGUUUAAGGAAGAUCUAGCAACUGUAGCUGCUGUCAUCGCACAACUGAUGUAAAUAUCUCAAGACUAGACGCUUGGACAAAAGAAUAUGUUUUGGACUUACAGACGGAAGGGGUAGCCUCAACAUGCUUUCUACAUGUAAUAACUUGUUCAGCCAAGUUUAUUCCCAAACUAUACACAAAUAUGAAUCCAGGAAAACAGGUGACUCUUUAAAAGCAAGUUGCUUUGCCCAUCAAGACCCUGCGAGGGGAUCGUUUUAAGUGGAACAAAGAGAGCCUUCGGGUAGGUCUUGAUGUUAGCACGGAUUAGGGACCAAGGUAUCUGUGCCCACCCAGCAGCAAGCAAGCCAGCUUUACUGUGUAAUCCCCCUGCACACAGAACAAAUCCACUGCAUCAAGCUGAAUUUAGGCCAAACACUACACAGAGAGGGAAAAAAAACUUGAGCUUUUAUCACAGCAUACCUCAUCAAUUGGAUCAUCUUCCCCUUUAACAACUGAUUCGUCCAUAAACCUUUCCAGAUGAGAAUGUGCAGUUAGGAGACUUCCCAGAAGCCUUAGAGUGCCUUGCUACUCUCCGAUACCAUACAUUUAAGUGUGUAAACUGUGACCACUAGCCCUCUCAUCUUCAUGACUGUUUGCUCAACUGUUCCUUGGCAAUUUUAGUCCUCCGGUUUGGAUUUAAAAGGUAAACAAGCAAAAGGUAAAGAUGCGAAGGAAUCCUCCGUGUUAAUAAUAAAAGAAGGGAUUGGAUUUCUUUUUCACUCAUUGUUUCAACACCUCUGUGAAAAACCUGUCACGUCGUCUCACUUGUUUUGUGUUACAGAACC